CAAUAGAUCCCUUGACACAAUCAUCGGCUUUCACUACGAGACCUGUUACAACAACUGAACCUAAAGCACCAAUUAACUAUACCAUCUACAUCGUAAUGGCGGCUGUUGUACUUCUGCUUAUCCUGGUCAUUUGUUUCCUCCUAUGCUACGUGAAAAAAAUAAAGAGACCAGCAUCAAGUCAGAACGACACCAGAAAUGAGACGACUGCUGCCGGAGAACGCCGCUCAGACGGAGGACAACUAGACCAUGCAUAUGAUUACCCAUCAGUUGAACUUCGACCUUUACCUUCAACACAAGCAUCAAUACAAUACGGCACCAGGAUUGAGAGGACUGAUGACGGAGAAGACCGCUCAGACGAAGGACAACUAGACCAUACAUAUGCAGAACAGCCUUACAUGGAUAUUAUAUAAAAGGACGCAGUUAUAUAUAACAUGUUCGCAAAGACUUUCAACAAGUUACCUCAAGGUCAAUUUUAAUUGUAUAUCCCAUAGAAGUUACGUGCAGAUUUAAGACGUAAUUGUUAUAUUCGCACAUUUCAAAAUGUGAUGUUCAGGGCCACUGAAAUUGCCUCGUGUUGAUUUUCCGAAAGUCGUUUCCGAAAGUUUUUUUAAUAUUGAAUUAUACGUUGAAUAUAUGGAUUUUUGACAACAGUUAAUACUUCUCAUUUUUAUUUAAUUUCGUUUCUGGACUUCAAGAUCUUGCACAUUUCAUGUUCAUUAAAUCAUUGAUCAUUUAUUUUUUUCUUUGGAACCUUGUCAAAAAGUAUUCAUCGCAACGCGUCCCUUUCGGUUAAAGACAGUUCAGGUUCUUCGUGAUCUGCGAACGCGCGGUAGCAUAAAUAAAUUUCGUGGUUGUGGUCAAUACAAUAUAAAGUAAUUUAUUAAUUUUCAUCUAAAAAAGUCACUUUGAAGAAAUGACAGAGUAAAAAAAAAAGACUUAGAGAUUUAAGAAUUUUUUCUGUACAAAUUUAAAAUGAUUUAUAGAAAUCAAAAACAUUAGAUAGUGAUUAAGAUUCUUUGUAUUCGUUCUAU